AUUCCCAUACCAAGUGUGCCUACAUUCCAGCCGUCUACGCCUGUCCCUGAGCGCCUGGAAGCCGUGCAGCGCUACAUCAGGGAGCUGCAGUACAAUCACACAGGGACACAGUUCUUUGAAAUUAAGAAGAGCAGACCUCUGACAGGGCUGAUGGACCUGGCCAAGGAAAUGACCAAAGAGGCUCUGCCAAUCAAAUGCCUGGAAGCCGUGAUCCUGGGAAUUUACCUCACCAACAGCAUGCCCACCCUGGAGCGCUUCCCCAUCAGCUUCAAGACCUACUUCUCAGGGAACUACUUCCGCCACAUCGUGCUGGGGGUGAACUUGGGCGGCCGCUACGGCGCGCUGGGCAUGAGCCGGCGCGAGGACCUGAUGUACAAGCCGCCCGCCUUCCGCACGCUCAGCGACCUCGUGCUGGACUUCGAGGCCGCCUACGGCCGCUGCUGGCACCAGCUCAAGAAGGUGAAGCUGGGCCAGUGCGUGUCGCACGACCCGCACAGCGUGGAGCAGAUCGAGUGGAAGCACUCCGUCCUGGACGUCGAGAGGCUGGGCCGCGACGACCUCCGCAAGGAGCUGGAGCGGCACGCGCGCGACAUGCGGCUCAAGAUUGGCAAAGGGACAGGCCCUCCCUCUCCCACCAAGGACCGGAAGAAGGAUGUUUCCUCCCCGCAGCGGGGCCAGUCCAGCCCCCACCGCAGGAACAGCCGCAGCGAAAGACGGCCCUCGGGUGAGAAGAAGCCUUCCGAGCCCAAAGCCAUGCCAGACCUCAACGGGUACCAGAUCCGGGUGUGAGGCGGGAGCCAACACCCUAGGCCUCCCCUGCCUCUGGGGGCCCAGACCCACCUGCUGGAACCAGCCUUGCUCAUGGGCAAGGAGGGGCUGGUGAAGGGGCGGGCAAGGGGCUACAGGAAGAGUGUUUUGCAACUCAGCUUCCCAAGCUGCUCCCCGUCCCACUGAGCCAAGCCCCCUAACUUGGGGCCAAGAGGCAGUUAGUAUUUUAUUUGGAGUUUUUAACUCUACAACUGCAGUUUAAAGUAUUUGGAGAAAACUUAAAACAAAUGAUCUGCUGAUGGCUAGAAGGCCAGUGCUUGGGAGGUCUAAGUGCCACGAGGCUGGAUGAGGAGGAUUUGCUGGUUUUGCUGGUGCCCCUGCCCCAGCAUCUGUCUGGGAGUUGGGUGCAUCCUAUCUAUGGGAAAUUUCCCAGCCCCACCAGGCCUGUGGCAGGAGGGUGGGGUGGGGGGUGAAGGUAUUUUUCUAGUUGUCUGCCUUGGCAGAAUCUUGACCCAGGGAAAGGGAAGCAGGGUAGGAGUCAUCCUGAGAAAGGUCUUUGUAGCCCAUAAAGCAGGAGCUUAGCAUAGGCCACAUCUGCCCCAAGACAGAGAGCCCGUGGCCCAGGAGAGCCCUCAGGCUAUGUGAGCUGAGCCUACCUGCUGGCAGAGCCCCAGGCUGGGAAUGGGCUACAGGAGAGCCCAGGAAAGGACCAUUGGGUGAAGAGUUCCCAAGCCCUUAACCGAGUCUACUUGCUCAGUGCCAGCCCUGCCUGUUGCUGUAGCCCAGAGGGUCCCUGCGGAGGGGCUAGGCUGUGCAGAGGGCCCAGAGUUGCACUGGGGUCAGCACAACUGUGGGGACGGAGCAGAUCUUGGAGCUGGUCUGGGAACCAUGAUGGGCAUGGAGUGAUGUGGUGGGACACUCAGGCCUGGGUCAUUUCCUAGCAGUGCCAGGAGUGGGCUCUGCUGUUCCCCGCUUUCUAAUACCUCAGUCCUUGCUGGGGAAAUCAAGCAGACCAGGAUGCUUGUGCCCCAGGCCCAUCUCUCCUCCUUUAACAGUCUCUUUAAGCUUGGGGUUGCAGUGAUGGUCAGGCCUGUCACUUGUGGCAAUUCAUUAGGGCCCUGGCAAGGAAGAACCUAAGCAGCUGGGCCCAGCCACAGCCUGUCAGGCAUGAGAUAUCUGGUGGGGAAAUGAGGGGGUGUGGAGAGAAGUUGGCAGGGCUGGGGGAAGAUUCUGGAGGUCAAGAAACAAGGAGGUGCGGGGCAUUGGUGCAGUGUAGCCACUGAGGAGGGACAGAGCCAGAGAACUGGGGGGUGUAUGUGAGAAAGGGUUGUGGGGGAGAGUUUUGGAUCAGGCUGACUUGGAGAGUAGUGAGUCCCCUGUUGCAAAGACUAGAUGGCUUCUUGUCAGAAAGGUGUAGAGGGGAUUCAGGUCAUGGAAGGGUAGUUGGGUGAGGUGACAAUUAAGAUUACUUUUAUAUUGAGGCUACAGUCUGCCAAAGGCAGAUGUCAGAAGGCUUUAGAGGAGCUGCGGCCUGGAUAAGGGAGGCUCAGAAGGGCUGUAAACUCAAAUGCUUACGGGGCCAGCAGGUGAUUAAAAGAAGGCUACAGGGCUGG